AUGGCUGUCGAAUCUCUGUUGAGAUACUACCUGAAAGAACUGAACAAAAUUGUUCAGAGAGCGAGACGGCCGAAGUGGUUAGAGCGCGAAAUCGCUGACCGGAAGGUCCGUGGUUCGAACCCGCCCUCUGCCUCUCGACUCCCCCUGUCUAGGCUUGGGCAACCUGGCAGUAUCCCAGCCCUCGUGUAG